CGGGUGACGACGAGGGCGAAGCCGUCGUGGCGCGUGGCGAGGUCUGGAAAGCCGCGGCACGGCACGGCGGCGCCGCGCGAGACGGCGGAGAGAAAGCGUGCCCGCCACAGGUCACGCCAAGGGGGAGCCGGCUGGUGGCGCUGGAGGGUGCUGCCCGUGCCCUCGGCCCAGCGCUGCGGCCGAGAUGCUGCACGCAGCCGCUGCAGAGGAGGAGGAGGAGGAGGAGGAGGAGGAGGAGGGAGAGGGAGGUGACGAGGAGCCAGCGGGUGUCCCCCCGACUCGGCACGAAGCACGAGUGCGACAGGGCCCUGAUGUGAAACCGCAGCUUGGACGUGAGGGGAGGGCGGCGAAUGACCAGGACGUUGCCUGCGCCCCUCGGGUAGCUGCCCACAUCGAAUUCGUGAAGCUGCAGCGCCUCCGGCCUCUCGCGUGGGGUCUGCAGGUGCACGGCGUGCUUCUGCCCUGCGCGGCGCUCAAGCAUGAGCUGGCCUGCUGUCAAGCCUGCCUCCGUCCCAAACUCCUCGCGAGAAGGGGGGAGGGCGGGGAGAAGGAGCGGACCGAGGGAGGAGAUAAGGAGGAAACAUUCGGAGGAAGAGAGGACGGCAGACUGAACAGAGUGCAGAGGCCAAGCAAAUAUUGCAGCGAGUCCACGCUGCGAUAA